AUGCCCCACUUUUUGAAUUGCGAAUCGACGAAUCGACUUCAAGAAGCUCGGCAGAUGACAACAACUCGACCAAGAGUUUUGUCGGACACGCCUCGAUCCAACAGGAAUAAAGAAGUGUGUUAUGACACGAGCGGCUUCGAAUUUCGGCUUCACAAGAACAUUCAGAUCAAAGGACCGAUUUACAGCGAAGGUCACCACCCACAUAUCCUGUUGAUAAAUGGAAUGUCUACAGUCGUGUUAUCCAACCUCAGCAACUUGGUAAUGCGACAAGGCGUUAAUUCUCUAUUGAAGUCUUUACCAGCGAAUCCACACCCUGGCUACGUUGUGUGUCGGCUCUAUGAAGAAAUGCGAUCAAUUGCU